UUUGUCUCCUCUCUUCCUUCAAAGGUUUUUUCAUUACAAAACCCCUAAGUAUCUAAUCUGUUUUAUCUCUCUUAAGGGUUUCUAUUUGGCUGAUGCUGACUAUCUUCAACAAAGUUCUGAACUUUUUGGAAGCCUAUUAAGAUCAAAGUCUACUGCUCUUAGUUGUGCGCGGUAAACUCAUUUAAAAUGGUUUCCGAGAGUUGUUUCUGAAAAAGUGGACAUUUUCCAAGAAUUCCAAGAAUACUCAUUUAAGAUUUAAAUCAAGAAAGUAUCCACCUUCAAUAGUUUAUAAUCAUUUUUCUGUUAAUUAUUCUUCUCCAAUUGUUUUGUUUUCUCCUUAGCUAGUCUCUUUGUCUCCAAACCAAGAAACAAUUUGCAACUAAAAGAAAACUUUUUGCAGAAGACCCAAUAAAAAGAUGGAAAUUACAAGUCAAGAUCAAGAUCAUGAUAUGCCCAUCCCAUUAAACACUACAUUUGUUGGUGGUGGUGGUGGUGGUCAUGGUCACAUGAUCCAUCAUCAUCAUGAUCAUCAUGUUGCUAAUUCUGCUCCUCCAACUCACAACACUACUACUCAACCACCGCAAAUGCCGUUACAGGUUAAUGGUCAUGGCAACAAUCAUGAUCAUCAACAUCAUCAUCAAGAUCCUCAUCAUGUGGGUUACAACGCCAUCAUCAAGAAGCCUACGACAAAGUACAAGGAGUGUCUCAAGAACCAUGCAGCAGCUAUGGGAGGCAAUGCCACUGAUGGUUGUGGAGAGUUUAUGCCAAGUGGUGAAGAUGGCUCCAUUGAAGCUCUCACGUGCUCAGCUUGCAAUUGCCACAGAAACUUCCAUAGAAAAGAAGUUGAAGGCGAAACAACCGCCACCGCCAUUUCCUCUUACCACCAAACGCCUCCACCGCGAAAACUCAUGCUCAACCACCAUAAUAUCAGAUCAGCCAUGCCUCACCAAAUGAUCAUGCCAAUAGGAGUUUCUAACUACCGGUAUAUGCAUAACUCGGAGUCCGAUGACUUUAUGGAGGAAGACGGGGUAACCACCGCGUCUAGACCGCUACCGCACCCGCCGUACAACCAGAAGAAGAGGUUUAGGACGAAGUUCACGCCGGAACAGAAAGAGAAGAUGCUGAGUUUUGCUGAGAAAGUUGGGUGGAAGAUACAAAGGCAGGAAGAUUGUGUUGUUCAAAGGUUUUGUGAAGAAAUUGGAGUGAAGAGGAGAGUCCUUAAGGUUUGGAUGCACAACAACAAACUCCAUUUCUCCAAGAAGAACAACAAUAACAACAUUAACCUUGAAGACAACGAGAACGACAAGAUCAACAAUCUUAACAAUCAUGUUGAUCUGUCCGGUAAUAACGACCUCACUAAGAUCGUACCAUGAUUUAAUAUUAAUUAUGCUGUUGUUUAUGAUUUGAUUAUGAUUAGUCAUCGUUAUGUUAGUUACUAGGGUUUCAAUAUUAUUUUCUAGUUGGUGUGUUUAUAUAUAAACUCGUUUUGCUAUCUGAUU